AUGGGAACGCCUUUCAUUAGCCUCCUCGAGCCUAGCAAUCUCGAAGGGUUCCGGCUAGGCAUUCCCCGAGAGUCGCUUCCAUCCACAAUCCCAAAGACGUUCCUCGACGCCAUGGAAGUUCGCGAAGAGGUCUUCGUCAAAGAGCAAGACGUCCCCAAAGACAACGAAUUCGAUGCUGAUGACCCGCGAUCGUGCCACUGGGUCAUUUAUGUCAGCGUCAAUAAGACCGAAGUGCCAGAGAUCAGAAAUGAGCAAGGUGACAUUGUGCGGCCGCGCAAGAGUUCCACUCGAAGCACUCCCGUAGGAACCAUCCGCAUGGUUCCUUUUCCCCAUGAGCCUCAUCCAAAGGCGGGUGGAGAUUACUGGAAUGGAGUAUUGAAAGGCGAGGAAGAGAAAACUACCAACAACAGCGCACCGUCAGCUCGCCAGUUCGUUCAUGAUCGGCCAACGACAUUUCACGAUGGCAAAGAGCCGUACAUUAAGCUGGGAAGAUUGGCCGUUAUAAAAGAUUACCGUGGUUACCGCUUCGCAGGCCAGCUUGUGAAGAACGCCCUCGACUGGAUCAAGAAGAAUCCAUCCUUUUUCGACCCGAGUAUCAGGGAACUAGGCCUUGAGCAAAUGGGGGCGUCUACAGAAACCGAGGCGCCGCAGUGGCGAGGUCUCAUUUGCGUUCAUGCGCAGGAGGAGGUGGCCAGUGCAUGGGCAAGAUGGGGAUUCGAGGUUGACGAGGGCAUGGGCAGAUGGUGGGAAGAAGGCAUCCCUCAUGUGGGCAUGUUUUUGCGUUUAGAGAUUGGUCCCAAAGACAUCCAACUCUUGGCGUAG